UUAUUACAAAAAACCAAGCCGGAAGCUGGGCUGAAGAAGCAGGGACAGGAAGAGGGAAGCUUAAAGACAGCUACACAAAAGUUACUUCAUAUUCUAUCGAGUUCUGCCUUCUUGUUGGAGAGAAGAUGACUCUGCAAUGGACCGCCGUGGCUCUUUUUCUCUAUGCGGAAAUCGGCGUCAUUCUCAUUCUCUGCUUACCCUUCAUCUCAGCUAGGAGGUGGCAGAGCAUAUUUAAGUUCAGGAUCUGGAGUUGGAUGGCAAAUUUCUGGAACAAAGUGUUUCUCACCAUGAUCAUAAUACUCAUCAUUCUCUUCCUCGAUGCAGUGCGGGAAGUGAGGAAGUACUCCAGUAAAGACCUCGUGGUAGGUGCCAAGCUGCAACCGAACAUGUUUGACCACAUGCACAUGAAGCUUUUUAGGGCCCAAAGGAACCUCUACAUAUCGGGCUUUUCGGUCUUCCUCUGGCUGGUGAUGAAGCGACUGAUCACUUUAAUCAACCAGCUGGCGUCUGCGUCUGCAACAACAGCUGCUCUUCAAGAACAGGCCGCCAAUGCUAACCAGACAGCUGAAAAAUAUAUGAAGGACAAUGAGCUGCUCAAACAGACUCUGAUGGAUGGAAAGGCAGAUAAGGCAACAGAAAAGGGAAUGGAGCUGCUGCGAACAGAAAUGGAGAAGCUGAAGAAAGAACUAAAGACUUCCGGAGAUGCCCUGGAGAAGUCCCACAAAGAGGCGGACGCAGUGAAAAAGCAGGUGGAUGGCCUUGCCAGAGAGUACGACAGGCUGUUGAAGGAACACCAGGAGCUCCAGAACCUUCAAGACAAUGGAAACAAAAAAGAAGACUAAUUGUCAGAAGAACAAUACAGCAGAUCUCGUCACUGUCCGUGCAAAAGCACAACCUGAGCUUCAAAAGAGAUGAUUGUUGUCAAACAUUUACAUAAAAAAAUACAAGAACAUCAUUUUAAUUUUUUUUUUUCAUUUGAUGGCAAAUUCUGUUAUAGUUUGCAUGUUAAGCAUUGGUGCUCUUUCAGAAAUCUUUUCCCCACAUUUCUGUUGUUCUUGCAAAUAUUCUUUACAAUUAAAAACAACCCAGUGGAUUGUAAUAAUUGGGGUUUUAUGCUUUUAGGCAAGAAAUAAAAAAAUAAGUGUUAGUAAACCAUCAUUAAAGUCAAUAAUAACAGUUGUGAAAUCCAGAAAAGAGAGGUUGGUUUUAUUUUUUCAUAAUUUCAACUGCUGCACUGCAUUGAAAGGGCUUCUUGUGUUCCCUUGUUUCAUGUUUACGUUUGAAAUGGAACUGUACGUGUUAUUUGAUAUUUUUUUAAUGUAUUUCUAUUACCCAGAUUUAGCAUUUGGAGGGAGGAAACAAACUGUAAUUACGUGUUUUACAGACUUCCCGGUUCUGUUUGUCAGUGGUUCUUCUUUGGGUUUGUUGCAAACCUGUUCAGAUUGCACACGCAUGUGCCUUUUAGCUUGUAAAGAAAAUAAACAUAGUUUGGUUA